CAGUGCAUCACAGCCUUCCUUCCUUCCCUUCCCUUCGUGUCCCUCCUCGCGCAUCCGCCCCUCCCCCACUUCCCCCUUCCAUCGUCGACAAGCGCCGUGACGUGACGCGACGCGAGGGGAGGUUUUUGCAGCUGGGCUAGCUGGAAUCAGAGUGGGGUUUGAAUUAAAUACCUCCCAGCAAGCGAUGGCGUGUGUAUCCGGGGCUGCUACUGGAGUGUCUGUCUUCCCACAGCUCAACCCCGCUGGUGCUUCAUCUUCCUCAUCCCCCUUCGGUUAUAGGGUUUCAAAUGUAUUUUUAAAGAGAACACAUCGGUCAUUCUGCUUUAAUCAGCGCUCUCUGAACGUUACCAGCUUGUGGGGUGGGAAAAAAGAGGAGAACCCAGACGAUGCCGCCAAGAAGCAAGGGUUAGGAAACAUGCUUGGGAACAUGCAGGGUCUAUAUGACACAGUGAGGAAAGCCCAACAGGUAGUUCAAGUCGAGGCUGUCCGCGUCCAGAAAGAGCUUGCUGCUGCGGAGUUCGACGGUUACUGUGACGACGAGCUUGUGAGAGUGACCUUAUCAGGCAACCAAGAACCUGUUCGGGUUGAGAUUACCGAAGCCGCCUUGGAAAGGGGCGCUGAUGUUCUCUCUGAGUUGGUGAACCAAGCAUACAAGGAUGCUCACACGAAAAGUGUUGCGGCCAUGAAGGAGCGUAUGAAGACUUUAGCGGAGAGCCUAGGAAUGCCACCUGGCCUAGGUGGCGGUCCUGGCAUGUGAAACAUUAGCAUAGGGAUUUUCAUUUGAGUAAGACUAUCUAUAGCAUACACAGUCCGAAUCGUGACAGUUGCAACCUGAGAAUUGAGCUCUUCAUUUUACAGAAAAUUUAAUUCAUUUUCCCGUGGACAGAGAAGUGCAGAAGUGAUUAAA